UCCUUCUACUUCUCUUUCUCUGCUUCUUCUUCUUCUUGUUAGUGUCAGCAAAAAAACGCUCGAGCAGGUCUUUAAUUACGAAUCGCACGGAUUGUGUCUUGGGCGGACGCGCAUGCGCAGAGAGAAAGAAGAAGAAGGGAAGAAAAUGAGCUUGGAAGUGAGAGGUGAAGUCUCCCCUUUUUCGGAGCGCUAGUCGAGUUUUUUAUUAAUAUAGCAAAAGCCUUUGGCAUGACUUCGACGGCUGUGGAUACCUGACAUAGACCUAUUUAUUUAUUUAUUUAUUUGCAACCAAGAAGAAGAAGAAAAACCAAAACGAAUCACGAAUGAAAAUAGACACGUUAUGGAGGGACUGAGCGGGAACUGUCCUGCCUCUCACUGCAGGGAUCUGAUCUCUCACCCCGGACUGGGGCGACACUCGGGGACUAUAAUGCCCCACCAGGGCUCGAUUUACCCCGAGAUCUCUUCAUCGGAGGGCGGACGGCAAUGUCCCGGGCCUCAGACACCUUCCUCCGGUGCAUCUUUGGGUUAUAAUUACCCGUAUUCUUACUACGAAUGCCGUUUAAAUCACGCUCACAGCGUUAACGUGCAGAAGCCGUGCUCUUAUCACCCCGCUGAAAAAUACCCCGAGCACGGGGAAGAGCUCUCCAACCGAGCCAAAGAACUGGCUUUCUACCCUGGUUUUGCAGGCUCUUACCAAACCGUCCCGGGAUAUCUGGACAUGGCUGUGAUGCCGGGAAUCGGUGCUCAUCCAGAAGUGCGGCACGAGAGUUUAAUCCCGGUGGAUGGAUAUAAUCACUGGGCACUGAGCAACGGCUGGGAUGGACAAGUGUGUUUUUCCAAAGAUCAGAGUCAGCAGAGCCACCUCUGGAAGUCACCUUUCCCAGAGGUUGUGCCACUGCAGCCUGAAAUUAGCAGCUACCGCCGAGGCCGCAAGAAGCGCGUGCCUUACACCAAGAUCCAGUUAAAGGAGCUCGAGAAGGAGUACGCGUCCAACAAAUUCAUCACCAAAGAUAAAAGACGGCGGAUCUCCACCGUGACUAACCUCUCAGAGAGACAAGUUACCAUCUGGUUUCAGAACCGCCGUGUAAAAGAAAAGAAAACCGUCUGCAAGUCGAAGUCGAACGGCCACAUGCACGCAACCUGAGCAGAGUCGAAUCUUUGCUAAAUAUAAAAAAUCGAAUAAAAAAUGUAUUAGCAUAUCUAUUAAUCUGAUGAUUAUGUGGUUAAUGUUUGGUAAACUGUGAUUAUCCCAGCCACUCGGAAAUUAGCAUAGUACAAGUUCAAAAGCAACAAACAACAACAUUCUUCAAUGAUUCGAGUAGCUACUGUAAACAAAUUCCUGAAAUAAACAAACAAACAAAUAAAUAAAUCUAAUUAUCAUGUGUUUGUUAUGAUCUAGCCUAACCUCUUUCUCGUUUGACUCAAAGCCAGACCGAUGUCCAUUUUAUAAAGUUUCAGUGAUUUUGUUUGUAUAAAUGAAAAUCAAACUGGGGUUUUACCGGUUCGCUUAUAAAAACUUUAAAUCGGGCUUUUUGGGGGCGCGCGCGUUCGUUUAAUUCAUUCCUAUGAAACAAAGUUUGCGUGAGAAGUGGUUAAAAGUUAAAACCUAUAUUAUAACAAUAUUCAUCAAAUCUCACGGUUCAAAGAAAAAAGCUGAGUGUGUCUUGUGUUGGAGCUGAAAUGUGCAAGUCUGCAGGCUGAGUGUGAUAUUGUACAGUGCCGUGCUUAAUUAUUAUUUAAUGAAAACUCUCGUGGGACAGAAUGUGUAAAUUACUAUUAUUUUAUCGUGUAUUUGAUGUCAUUCUCGUUUCCUUUCUCUUUGAAGGAUGUUUGUGUCACGAAACUGGAAUGUUUUGUUAUUGC